AUGACUCCUUGCACUACAGAUCCGCAAUCUCGAGCCUCUGCGGCAUGUACCGCCUGUCGCAAUCGGCGCACAAAGUGCAUCGUGGACCUCGGACAAACAUCCUGCGACUAUUGCCAAAGCAAGCGCAUGGACUGCACCUUCCAGGCGCUCGAUGAUCGUAAGAGUAGACCAAAGUCCAAGGUUUACCUAAACUCACUGCUCGAAAAUAUCCAAAAUCUUGAACAACGACUACGGGAGGCUGGACACGAGCCUCCCCAAUUCCAGCAUAACGUCACCCAAGCUCAAAAGCCAAUGCAGCAGCAUCGUCGAAGCAUGACUCUGAAUGACGAACAAUCUUCCAAAAGUACACGUUCAAUGAUCGAGAAGUCUCGGACUCUGUCUUUCAACCGCGCUGAAGAAGACUCAUCACACAGAGGGUUCGAGGAAGAAGUCAUACAUGGCUCACCUGCUUCAGCAGAUGCCGCCUUAGAGACUGUUCGAGAUGAAUCUGCUCUUGAUACAACCAAAUGUCAGAAUUCAAGUACAGUCUGGAGUCUAAUCUAUGGCCCUGACCGGUUUAUAUAUGACAGAAGGAAAGGCCGUAUCCACUACUUUAGUCCUUCGACCUGCUACAAGAGAUAUCAAAGUUCCGACGACCAAGCACUCCUUGAGCCGUCGCCCGUGGAUAAGCACUCUUACAAAAUAAUCGCGGAUCUCCCCACAGAUUUAGAGAGCUAUCUCAUGGACCUCUUCUGGAGACGAUACAACAGCACGCUAUUUGUCGUUGAUCAACAGCCAUUCUGUAAUGAUCAAGCCAGUGGAGGCUCAACGUACUACUCUGGUUUCCUCCAUCUUGCCUGCCUGGCCAUGGGUUUUCUAUUUGCAGACAAGACCCGCCUGGGCAUGCAACAAGUGACCCUCAGCGACAACUGCAGUGUUUUCCAGCGAGAAGCUAAAUUUAUUCUGGAUAGGGAGCUCGAAGAUCCUCAGGGUCUUCCUAUCAUCCAAGCCAUGCUAGUCUUGAGCGAUGUGGAAUGUGCCUACGGCAGGGAUGAUCUGGCGGCAAUGCACAUAGCCACUUCCUGCCGUCUUGCUUUCGAUUUCGGACUCAACCUGGACUGUUCAAGAUUUGGACUGUCUGAGGCCGAGAUAAAAUUUCGGAAAGGCUUACUGCGUUCGUGCUUGAUAUACGAUCAGGCUUGGGCGUUAUAUAUGGAACGGCCAACCAACAUGAAAAUUGCCGACAUUUCCAGCUCCUGCCUGGCCAACCGCAUCUCUCACGUCGUAAACGGAGCUGCAGUAUUACAGGGGAAGUCGAUGAAUGAGUCGGUACCUUCGCACGAAGAUCUUCACGGACAGAUAUUGGAUGCCUUGCUUGAGCUUUCGGAGCUCAGUUCGAGGAUCCAGGCCCUAGCACAGCCAAGGCUUACGUUUGGGAGAAUUGCCGAUGAAGAUCGCUUGAUAGACGUCGCAGCGUUGGAUGCAAAGUUGAAGGCUUGGUAUUCCAACCUUCCUCGACGUCUUACGUGGACGGAAGAAAAUAUCAGAGAUGCGCCACGUCUCUUCUUUAUAAUGCACCAGCAAUUCUAUGUCGCUCAAGUCAAUCUUCAUGGGCCAUACGGACGCUACGAGGACGCGCUUGGAGUCGAGCUCGACAAGUCUCAAGUAUAUGGCAGAAGCGCCGGUGAUGACGGUGAUGUUGGCGCCUUGCAGCAUCUGGCUCGCUCUAUCACAAUGAACGCAGCCAUGAAGAUUUCCCAAGGCUUUUCGACCUACCGGCAAAGGUUCGGCACUUGCGAGACAGGCGUCUUCUCUCUUCAACAGGGGGGGACCGCUCUCCUGGCGUUGAUGUCUACCACCAAAGUCAGUAAAGAGGCAGGAAAACGCAACUCUGGACUGAACCAUCUUUACAUGCUGACAGAGCAACUGCGAGAGAUGGCUCAGGUCUAUAGUCCAGCCGAGGUGAUGUGCCGGGUCGUCAAGCAUGAGAUGGACCGGCUCGAGAUCGACUUCAAUGAUUUGCCGACACCACCCGAUACGCCCAUACAUCCCUCCUCACCGUCAACAGAGAAGAUCGGCCGACGGCCCAGCUCUCAGUAUCCUUCGCACUCAGACCCUGCAACGAAGCGACGACGUUUAUCAAAUCAUCCGGAUCGUUCUACAACCACCAACGCACCGCAUCAAGACACUGCUCUGAAUCAAACCACAUCCAUGUCCGAGAUAAGCUCCUCAGACCAACAUAGUGCUGCGAGAGUUCAGGUUUCUGCGCCACAAGCGCUAGGCUUGUCUCAGGACCAAUCUUCUGCGACACUGCCCACCGAUGUCCUCGAGCCUUUAGAUCCCAUUCCUGAUCCCAUUAUCGAUCUGAACGACAUUCAAUCCUCUUCUUGGUCGGUAGGCCUGUCUGACAUCUCAACACUAUUCGACUUCCAAGGCCACGACCAGAUAGUCGACGAUAUGCUCCUCCCUUUUUGCCCAGAUACUCACUAUCUACCGCCGGAAAGUGACAUGAACCUGAGGACUAUGCCGGAUGCUAUGCGAUACGGAUAG